AUGGCUGGCAGAAGCCGCCGCUCCUGGCUCAGCGUCUUGCUCGGUCUGGUGCUGGGCUUCACCCUGGCUUCCCGGCUCAUCCUGCCCCGCGCUUCGGAGCUGAAGAACGUGGGACACCGGCGCCGCGCCAGCAUGGAGGGUUGCAAGAGGCGAGGGGGCGGCGGCGGCUUGCUGCUUCUGCCCAACCGGGACUCCCGAGGGGCCCUCCUUUGGCACCCGGACCCUGCCCAGCCUCGGGGCCGGAGCCCCCCGGCCAAGAACUUCCUCUUCGUCGGGGUCAUGACAGCCCAGAAAUACCUGGAGACCCGAGCCGUGGCAGCCUACAGAACGUGGUCCAGCACAAUCCCUGGGAAGGUGGAGUUUUUUUCCAGCGAGGGCUCAGAUAUGUCUCUCCCGAUCCCCAUUGUGUCGCUACCUGGCGUUGAUGACUCUUACCCACCGCAGAAGAAAUCGUUCAUGAUGCUCAAGUACAUGCAUGACCACUAUUUGGACAAAUACGAAUGGUUCAUGCGAGCGGAUGAUGACGUCUAUGUGAAAGGAGACAAACUGGAGAACUUCCUGCGGAGUUUGAAUAGCAGCGAGCCCCUCUUCCUAGGGCAGACCGGACUAGGCACGACUGAAGAAAUGGGGAAACUGGCCCUGGAGCCCGGAGAGAACUUCUGCAUGGGGGGUCCAGGAGUAAUCAUGAGCCGAGAAGUGCUUCGGAGAAUGGUCCCUCACAUUGGGGAAUGCCUUCGAGAGAUGUACACCACUCAUGAGGACGUGGAGAUCGGCAGAUGCGUACGGAGAUUUGCAGGAGUGCAGUGUGUCUGGUCUUACGAGAUGCAGCAGCUCUUUUAUGAAAACUAUGAGCAGAACAAAAAAGGUUACAUCAGAGACCUGCACAACAGCAAGAUCCACCGUGCCAUCACUUUGCAUCCGAACAAAAGUCCACCUUACCAAUACCGGCUUCACAGCUACAUGCUGAGUCGUAAAAUAGCAGAGCUACGAUACCGGACCAUUCAGCUGCACCGCGAGAUUGUCCUCAUGAGCAAAUACAGCAAUACCGAAGUACGUCGAGAGGACCUUCAGCUGGGAAUCGCACCGUCCUUCAUGCGAUUCCAACCACAACAGCGCGAGGAGGUUUUGGAGUGGGAAUUCCUGACGGGGAAGUACCUGUACUCUAUGGUAGACGGGCAGCCGCCUCGCCGAGGCAUGGACUCCUCCCAGCGUCAGGCCUUGGACGAUGUUGUGAUGCAAGUCAUGGAGAUGAUCAAUGCCAACGCCAAGACUAGGGGACGGAUUAUCGACUUUAAGGAGAUACAGUACGGCUAUCGAAGAGUGAGUCCCAUGUACGGGGCCGAGUACGUCCUUGACUUGCUCCUUUUGUACAAAAAGCACAAGGGGAAGAAAAUGACCGUCCCUGUCCGGCGACAUGCCUACCUACAACAGACCUUCAGCAAAGUCCAGUUUAUGGAGCCUGAUGAAAUGGAUGCCAAAGACCUGGCCAGCAAAAUCAACCAGGAUUCAGGAUCCUUGUCUUUUCUCUCCAAUUCUCUUAAGAUGUUCGUCCCGUUCCAGUUGAGCAAGUCCAAAUCUGAGAAGACGGAAUCCAAAGACCAAAAGAUCAACAUCUUAAUCCCUCUUUCGGGACGCUUCGAUAUGUUUGUGCACUUCAUGGCCAACUUUGAAAAGACCUGCCUUAUUCCUAAUCAGAAUGUCAAAUUGGUUGUCUUGCUAUUCAACUCCAACUCCAAUCCCGAUAAGGCACGUCAGGUGGAACUGAUGAGAGAGUAUCGUAUGAAGUACCCCAAGGCUGACAUGCAGAUUUUACCCGUUUCUGGAGAUUUUUCCCGUGCUCUGGCCCUCGAAGUCGGAUCUUCUCAGUUUAACAAUCGGUCCCUGCUCUUCUUUUGUGACGUUGACUUGGUUUUCACUGCCGAGUUCCUCCAACGGUGUAGAGCCAACACAAUGAUAGGGCAACAGAUUUAUUUUCCGAUCAUCUUUAGCCAGUAUGAUCCAAAGAUUGUCUAUAGCGGAAAAGUUCCGAGUGAGAAUCACUAUGCUUUCACGCAGAAAACUGGUUUCUGGAGGAACUACGGUUUCGGAAUAGCUUGCAUUUACAAGGAGGAUUUAAUUCGGGCAGGGGGGUUUGAUGUUUCUAUUCAGGGCUGGGGUCUUGAGGAUGUGGAUUUGUUCAACAAGGUGAUUCUAUCUGGGCUCAAGACGUUCAGGAGCCAAGAAGUUGGUGUAGUCCAUGUACAUCACCCGGUCUUUUGUGACCCAAACCUGGAUCCAAAGCAAUAUAAAAUGUGUUUGGGCUCGAAAGCAUCAACGUACGGUUCUACGCAGCAACUCGCUGAGCUGUGGCUUCAGAAACAUGAACCAAAUUUUGGGAAGAACACAGUUGCUAAUGGUUCCUUGAGGACAGCUUAAUAUCCCGGGAAAAGGGGAGAUUUAGGAAAAAAGAAAGACACUGUAAUUGCAUUU